AUGUCCCUUCCUGUCCCACCUACUAAAUCACCUCGACAUUCUAUCCACCCUCUCCCCUCUGUCUCUCAUCAUAAUCACUCUCAUACUCAUCCUACUCAACUCGUUCAUCCCGUUCCUCAAACAUAUCAACCUCACCAAUCCCAUCAUCCCCAUAGAUCCUCACAAAUAUCACAUUCCCAUCAUUCCCCUCAACAUAAUAACUACCCUACCGAGGUGACCACGUCGAAUACUCAUGUCGGACCUUCCCAAAUCCCCAUGAGUGAUCAACAAACGAUACAUCCUCAAUCUCCUCCCCCGGUAGAUAAAUCCGAAGGGAGAAAAGGUAAGAUGAUGAUAGGUUUGAAAAAACAUCUUUUAGGGAGAGAACGAUUGAGUAGAACUUGGGAAAAGAAUACACCUCCUGGAACUCCUAGACCUAAGACUGCUUUGAUAGGGGAUGAAAGGUCUGGGUUUAGGGCUGAUCCCAGAAACCGCCCAGGAUCUUUUUACCUAUCUCCCGCUGAAAUGGAAAUGACCAUGACAUCUCCUUAUCCAAGACCCAUCGUACAAUCUGCACCUCCUACACCGGUAUACACUCAUCCAGCGGCUUGA